AUGAAUCAGAAAGUUGAACCGCCAAUUAAAGUCAGGAAGAGAAUGAAAGAACUUAUUACUCUAUUAGAAAACAUUGAAGAUGCAAUAUAUGACAAGCAUUUAAAAGAGUUAAAAGAUUUAGAAACUCAAUACAAUUUCAUUUUUUCUAAUUCUCCUACUCAAAAAGCAGGCCAUUCAGCCAGCCCUAAAUUCCGCUCGGUCACUCGUCAAAUUCCUAUGUUAAGUUUAGAUAGUGUUGACAAUCAGGAAGAUCUAUUUCGCUUUGACGAGAGGAUUGAUGGUCUUUCAAUCAGCCUUAUUUAUCAAAAUCACCAACUGAUCCAAAUUAGCACUCGAGGAAACGGUGUUGUUGGUGAAGAAAUAACCUUUAACAAAGAAUUAAUAAAAAAUAUUCCCUUUACUCUGAAAGAAAUUGCCGAUUGCGAAGUGCGAGGAGAAGUUUACAUGAAAAAAGGAGAAUUCUACCGCCUGAAUAAGGAACUAAGCAAAUCUAACAAUAAACUACUGGCUAACCCACGUAAUGCUGCGGCGGGAAGUUUGCGUACUCUGAUUCCUUUACAGGAUAGAAAUUUACACUUUUUUGCCUAUCAAUUAUUUAAUCAGAAUAUCAUAAACAAUGCCGAGAAUUCUCUCGGUAAAUUAGAUAAACAAUUAACUUGCUUAAAAAAAUUGGAAAAACUGGGCUUUGCAGUCAGUCCCGAUUACCAACUAUUUCCUAGUAUUCAAGAGGCAUGA